CCGGUCUAUUGGAGCAGUUGUCAGGGAAACCCGCCUUCAGCAGGACUGUUUCAGUGGAAGGUGUUCAGUUCAGCUCUGUUCUGCUUCAGUCAGAUGACAGACCGCCGGUAGCCGCGGGUUUUCGGUGAAUUCACGUCUUUUCUUUCGGUUCCGGUGACUUUAAGCCCGGUCCAACAUGACCCAACAAGCCGCGGCUCUGCAGACCUACAACAACGAACUGGUCAAGUGUAUCGAGGACCUUCACUCCAAACGGGACGAGCUGAACCGUCAGAUAAAGCUGGAGGAGGAGGAGAGGGAGCGUCUGCAACACGACAUCCGCGUCCUGAGCGAGAAACUUAGCCGUGUCAACGAGAGUCUGACGCAGAGACUGGCCGCCCGGGCCACGUUGGACCGAACCGUGGCCGAGAGCGAGGCCGCCUACACCAAGAUCCUGGAGAGUUCCCAGUCCCUCCUCAGCGUCCUGAAGCAGGAGGCCGGAAACCUGAGCAGAGCCACAGAACCACGCAGACGGGACCACUGACUGGGACCAGGACCAGAACCAGGACCCUGAACCAGGAGCAGAGCCACAGAGCCUCGCAGACAGGACCAGUACCACUGACUAGGACCAGAACCAGAACCCUGAUUGCUUUACUCUCAUGACCUGUUCUUUAAUAUGCGAUUGUUUUAUUGCACAGAACUUAUUUAAUGUAAAUUCUUCCAAUUUUCUAAUAAAAAUGUCAUAAAAAUGA